GGAGCAGCCAGGCAGAAGAACUGCCUGCUCCUGACUUGCCAGCUCAGGGCAGGUUUGGGAGCUGGUGAUCCUGAUUCAGCAGCAGGUAACUGGGAGAAUGCCUGACCUCCAGCAGAAAAUUAGUGGAUCCAUCCCUCCCAGUGCCUCAAAGCUCCAUGUCUCAGCUUUGUAGUGACUGGGGUUAAUCCUUUCCUCCUGCUCCUUGUGUCUUGUCACCUCUGCACAAGGGGUUUUAUUCCCCACCUUGUUUUUCCGUCCCAUCUCCCUCAAAAGCAUAGGGACACUUGCUCUGUCUAUCCAGCAUGUGGAAUUUCACUACGUGCAUCUCCUAAAAACUCCAGGAAAAUUAUAAUUGAAGACUUAAAAGUGGGUUUAAUUGUGUGGCCUUCUGGAGAAUUUGAUGUUUUAGCUUUUAUUGCCAGACACUCAGAGCCAGCACUGAGAUUGGAGUAGCCCAAAGGAAACUCCUGCUCCUGCAAAUCUGCCUCUCCAGUUCAGGAAUGCAGGUGUUUAACUCUGGAGCAGGAGCAUGUCACAGCUCAUCCUGAGUCCCCACGAGCCUGAGCAGUGUUCAGAUGUCACCGUGAGAUCAGAGCUGUGCUGGAGGGAUCAACCUGCCCUGACUCACCUGCCAAAAGGAGCAGCAGCACAACCCCACUGUGCCUUCCCUCAGCAGGAACAGAAUAGUUUGCUCUCGGCAUUUCUAACGUGACAGAGGAAUAAAUCCCCAGAAAGAUGUUUUUUACAAGUGCAGGUAAAGCUGUUGUGCCUCAAUUUGGAGCUGCCAGGCCCCAAAGCAGUGCCCUGGGGCACCCACUGGGCACAGCCCGGGCACAGCCCUCCCAGCACAGCUGGAGGCAGCGUCAUUCCAGCGCCGCACUGGGGCCUGGCCCUUGGAAUGGGGGCUGCCUCUGCAGCUGUGCAGACACGUUCCCUGCCAGCUUUGUGGAGUCUGCCCCAGAAAAACGUCCUUUCUGGGGGAGGCAGCUUUCAUCCCAAACUAGCAAACCCGUUCUGACAGCGCCGGAAUUCUCCGGAGGUCACGGCUGUGGAGGGCGUUGCGUAAGAUGAAAACACCAUGGGUUGAGGCUGUGGAGGAAAAGAGGCUUCACAGAGCUCCAGUGCAAGCUGGAGACACAGUGUUUUCCUGUCUUCUGUGUUUUCCUGUCGCUUCUCUGUUGCUCCUUCCCAGGAAACAUCAAGGAUUUGUGUUCAGUUGAUAAAUGUGACUCACAGCUGCCUUUCCCCGUGGUUUCAGAGCUGCCUUCGAGGCAGCAGAGAAUGGGUUUGAAAUUCCUGAUUUCCUCCUAAUUUCCCACUCAUCCCCCAGAAGAGUUGUGGAUCAAUAGUGUGUCUCAGUAUUGAGAUACAGGGCUGUCACCCAAAACCAUUUCCCUGCUCAUACAGGCACUGACCUGCUCCUGAACCUUGGCUUUGUGCAGGUGCUUCUCCUUCAGCAAACAAGGGUGAACCCGCUGCUCUGCUUCAGCAAGAAAUCUGAGCAAGUUUCCAUUUGCACUGUAAAUUUUAAAAUAUGGGACUGUUUCUCACCCAGAAUUGUAAGAAAAACACUGGAAUUUCAAGUGCUGAAAGGGUGGGGUGAACAGAGACCUCGAUUCUUUUGUGGUGUUGCUUUUAAUUUUCAAAUUAGUCUGAUGAACUCUCUCUGUUGUAGAAAAAGCCUUUAAUGUAUGAUCAUAAUUUAAAUAUUAUAUCAGUCCCUCGAUGGAUGAUGGGAAAACCUUCCCCUUUCCUCGACUGCUCUCCAGUAAUCCCCCAAAGGUUUGAAAGCACUCCCAUUCCUCCUUGGAGCUGUUCCAUAUUGAUUGCUGAAUCCUAAAUGACCUGAACAUCUUAAUAUCUCAUGUCUUCUAAAUCUGUGACACCGAGAUGGGAAUGGGGUGGGAGAAGCUGGAUCAGAUAUUUGAAAACCUGUACCUCAGAGAUGUAACCAUGUUAAUUUUUAAGAGGAAUUCCAAAGUACCACCUGGUGUUGGAGCUGACGCGUCCGGGCUUGUUCCUCUUUGUGGUUUCUCCCCUCCCAGGUUCCCCCUACGACUUCAUCUCUCUGGAAUGGCUGCAGAAAUGGCUGGAUGAGUCCACUCCUCCCAAACCUAUCGACAACACGGCCUGCCUGUGCUCCCAUGGCAAACUCCAUCCCGAUAAGAUAUCCCUGAUGAAGAGGAUUUCGGAAUACGUGGCCGACUUCUUCUACCGGCGCUACGGGGGAGGGCCCCGGCUCAACGUCAAAGCACUUUGCAAGGACUGUGUGGUGGAAAGGUGUCGAAUCCUGCGGCUCAAAAACCAGCUGAAUGAAGACUACAAAACUGUGACCAACCUGCUGAAGGUCACAGUCAAGGGGAACGACAGGUUUUGGGUUGGAAAAGCAUCUUUGAGGAGCUGGCGUCAGCUGGCUCUGGAGCAGCUGAAUGAGCAAGAUGAAGAUGCAGAGCACAGUAAUGGAAAAAUGAAUGGAAACGCACAAAACAAAGAUGAAUCAAACGAAGAGAAGAGGGAGGAGGAAGAGGAGUUAAAUUUUAAUGAAGACAUCGUUUGCCCACACGGUGACCUGUGCAUCUCGGAGAACGAGCGCAGGGUGGUUUCCAGGGAAGCCUGGGAGAAACUCAAGCAAUAUUUCCCAAAAGCCCCCGAAUUCCCGAAUAACAAAGAGUGCUGUUCCCAGUGCAAGAUUUUGGAGCGUGAAGGGGAGGAAAACGAAGCUCUCCAUAAGAUGAUGGCCAGUGAGCAGAAGACUUCUCUCCAGAACCUGUUCCAUGAUAAAUGCAGGCCUUGCCUGGGCAGUUGGCCUCAGGAGACAGAUGAGCUGUAUAUUGUUUCGCAGUUCUUUGUAGAAGAAUGGAGGAAAUUUGUCAGGAGGCCGACACGCUGCAGCCCCGUGUCCUCCAUAGCCAACAGUGUCCUGCUCUGCCCCCACGGGGGGCUCAUGUUCACCUUCGCUUCCAUGACCAAAGAAGACUCCAAACAUAUAGCUCUGAUAUGGCCCAGCGAGUGGGAGAGGAUCCAAAAGCUCUUCGUGGUGGAUCACGUCAUCAAGAUCACCCGGACACAGGGCCCCGAGGGCACCCGCUACACCUCGGAGCCCCAGCUGUGCCCGGAGUGCCGGGAAGGGCUCCUGUGCCAGCAGCAGCGGGACCUGCGCGAGUACACCCAGGCCACUGUGUACGUGCACAAGGUGGUGGAUAACAAAAAGGUGAUGAAGGACGCGGCUCCGGAGCUGAACGUGAGCAGCUCGGAGGCUGAAGAGGAAAGGGAGGAAAACAAGCCAGAGGGGGAGCAGGACCCUGAUUUUAACCAGGCCAACGGCGGCGCAAAACGCCAGAAGCUCUCCCAGCAGAGCUACAUCACCUACCAAAAACAGGGAAUCAGGAGGAGCACCCGGCACAGGAAGGUCCGAGGGGAGAAGGCCCUGCUGGUGUCGGCCAACCAGACCCUGAAAGAGCUGAAAAUACAGAUCAUGCACGCCUUCUCCGUGGCCCCCUUCGACCAGAACCUGUCCAUCGACGGCAAGAUCCUGAGCGACGACACGGCCACGCUGGGCAGCCUGGGGGUCAUCCCGGAGUCCGUCAUCCUGCUCAAGGCUGAUGAGCCCAUCGCGGAUUACGCAGCGAUGGACGACGUUAUGCAAGGUCAGAGGGGAGGGGGAAGGGAAUUGUGA